ACCCAUACCGCGGCAGCAGAGCGCUGCACGACCUCCGCCUCCGCAAUCCGUCCCGUCCCGUCUCCUCGCCUGCCGAUCUCCAUCUAGCAGAGGUGGCGCCGGCGUCCUCCUGCUCCCGCCGCAUUCGCUCGCCGGUGAGCAUCCUAAUCCAUCCCAUCCGGCCUCGGCCUCGGCCUCGAAUUUCGUCUCCUCGCCCGCCGCUUGCGCCGAUCCCCAUCCUGCGAGCAGAGGUGGCGCCCGGCGUCCUCCUUCAAUUCUUCCACCGCAUCGUCGCUCGCCGGUUCUGGUUUCUUGGUGCCCGCAACAGAUAGGCUAUUGCGUUUUGCUGGACUCUUCUUUUUCUUGAAAAGUUUGCCAAGAAAAUGUCAUUUUUCACGAGGAUUGGCGUUUGGCCAUGGAUACAGAACAAGGUCGUCGAUCCCCUAAUGCAAGUAGUUAGAAGGGGAGCUGAGCCGAAGCAACUGGCUUUCUCUGCUGCUCUUGGUGUCACCCUUGGGAUCUUUCCGAUAUGUGGGACCACUGUUAUUCUUUGUGGAGUUGCAAUAGCAAUGUUGGGAAGUAGCUGCAAUGCUGUUACUGUCAUGGUUCUAAAUUUCGUUGUUACUCCCCUUGAGCUAAGCUUGAUUGUCCCUUUCUUGCGUUUCGGAGAAGUUAUCACAGGCAGUGGACACUUCCCUUUGACUUCAGAUGCAUUCAAGAAGGUUAUCACUGGCCAGGCCUCAAAGGAUGUGAUGCUCAGCAUUGUGCAUGCGAUGCUCGGGUGGCUGAUCGCUGCACCGUUCGCACUUGCUGCGCUGUACAUGGUUUUCACCCCUUGUUUCAAGCUUAUGGUCGACAGGUUUGGCGGCGUUCCGUCGAGUCCAAGGACGCCGAUCAAAUUAGUGUAGCCGUGAUGUGGAGAGUGAUCUGUCCAAUACAACGCUUCUGAAGCUGUAUAUAUCAAUUAUAAUUUGUCAUGUCCUCAGAUUGAGAUUGGUCCCUGCCAACAUUUUGCUGGGCCAUCCUGGACGCCUGUAUGAACAAAAUCUAUCUUCAGAGGCAUAUAUGAUGAUUCAGCGUAUUGCAUUCAGGCGUCUGCCUGGGUUAUAUUUCCUUCUAAA